AUGGUUGCUGAAUUGAAAUCCGCCUCUGAAUACGACAAUGCUUUAGCGUCCGGCGACAAAUUAGUCGUCGUUGAUUUUUUUGCCACAUGGUGUGGUCCAUGUAAGAUGAUUGCCCCAAUGAUCGAAAAGUUUGCGGAACAAUAUUCUGACGCUUCCUUCUACAAGUUGGAUGUUGAUGAAGUUACAGACAUUGCUCAAAAAGCCGAAGUCUCUUCCAUGCCCACUAUUGUCUUCUACAAGGGCGGUAAGGAAGUUACCAGAGUGGUCGGUGCUAACCCAGCUGCUAUCAAACAAGCCAUCGCUUCCAACGUAUAG